AUGCUUUGUGUGUUUAUUCUUUGGCUGUGUUCUAAAUCAAAACCUUAUAAUCCUCCUCGCAGAAAUGCUAAAGACAUAGUUAUCAACUCAGAACUUGCAGUUUUACCGGAAAAAUUAUGUAUAAUUUGGACUGCUACUCGUGAUCUCAAGCAAAGGAAGUUUUACUAUCCGCUGAACUAUCGUUACGGACUAAAUCUUCAAGUGAAUCAAAAGCUAUCUCACGUUGUCUUAUUAAUUUUGCUGGCUGGUGAUGUAGCAACUAAUCCUGGCCCUGUGUUUGAAAUCCCUGGUUGUUUAAAAAGGGGACUCAAAGCGAGUCAUCUUAAUGUACGAAGUUUACUUCCGAAGAUUGAUUUUG